AAAUUAAAGAAGAAAAUAAAACAUUAAAAAGCAAACUGAAUGUGCUUGAAGCUAAGUUGAAGAAGUACAACGUAGUUGCGUAUGGCAUAAAUGAGGAAGAUAAAGGAGCAGCAGAAGAAGCUAAAGAAUUUAUCGAACAAAAAUUGGAAAUUUUCAUAGAAGCAACCCAGAUAAGAGAUUCCCAUCGCAUAGUUAGAAAAGUAGAGAAUCAAAAAAAGCCGCGACCACUUGUUAUUGAACUGCUGAACUAUAGAACCAAACAAAAUAUUUUGAUAAAAUCUAAACAAUUACCGAGAGGAUCUGGCGUAUUUGUCAGCAAUGACUACACAAAGAAAGAAUACGAAAAAAGAAAAGUCCUACACGCACAUUUAAAACAAGCUAGACAAGCAAAUAACUAUAAUACAU